GAUGUAGAAAAUUUCAGAGUUUGCAUGCAUAUUUAACAUUUUUAUAUAGACCGCUUCAGUUUUUAGUAACACAUCAUGUCUCAAUUCGUGGAAUAUAUUGAGCCACUUUGGCGUGGCUUAAAUAUGCGAGAACUGAAGGUCGAUGAAGCCUACAUGGUAGUUAAGUCUCAUUACGAAAAGCCAGCUUAUCUUUACAGUCGUUCGGAAGAAUGUUAUACGUGUUCCUACAGCUAUGUGAAAUCAAUGCAAAAUUUUACGUUUAAAUUAAAUGUCGCAAGAGGUUGGGAAUUUAAAGUGUUUGGCAAAGAUGUGGAGCUGACGACCAACAAUGAUAUGCAAUGCAAUGACACGAUCUGCGACAGUGUUUGCAAAUUGUAUUCGCCCGCGACAAUGCUGCAAGAGUUUGGAGUCUAUAAUUUUACGCUACGAGCAAAUGGUAGCUGCGAGCUUAUAACAGACAAGGCAGGCGUUAAUGUGAAUUUGUCGUUCGCAUCGGUAUUUAUUUUAGUCACUAUGUUGUUGACGGUUAUACGCACAUCCUGGUGUGUCUGGCGUUCGUACACCUUCAUCCCGGAGCAGGAAGCUGGCGCCAAUGUUAUGCCUGAGCAGCCGAGUAAUCGAAUGCGUAGCCUAGAUGCUUUUCGAGGCAUGGCCAUAGUAUUGAUGAUAUUUGUCAAUAGCGGUGGUGGUGGUUAUUGGUGGAUCGAACAUGCACCAUGGAAUGGUCUGCACUUGGCUGAUGUAGUUUUCCCCUCAUUCCUUUGGAUAAUGGGAGUUUGUAUACCGAUUUCGGUGAAGUCACAAGUGGCUCGAGGUACGCCAAAGGCUAGCAUAUGUAGGCGAAUUGUUUGGCGUUCGUUUAAGUUAUUCGUCAUAGGCAUAUGCCUCAACUCCAUAAAUGGUCCACAAAUGAAAGAUCUACGCAUAAUGGGCGUGCUACAACGUUUUGCUGUUGCCUAUCUUUUUUGUGGCUUGGUUCACACUCUAUUUGUUCAAAAGGAGUUCGUAAUGCCGCAGGUAAGCAUUCUACUCUAAGUUAUCCUAGGUUUAAUAACACCAC